UCUUUAUAAAUAUAAACACCUUUUGUAGCAAUAUAUUUUAAUUAUAAUAUUGAUUUAGACUUUAUACAAGAUUAGUUUCUAAAUGAGUGCAAUCUGUGUGAUCUUUUAUUUUGAAAGUUGCUAACUUCGGUUGAGGUGGAAGUGGCUUCCUUUGAGGAUUAAUUGUUUCAUAAGCUCUGGGCGGUUUGCUUAAAAUAUCUUAUAUCAACAUUAAUUUAUUUGGUUUUUAAUUUAAUAUUUUAUGAAAUCCAAGUUUUAAACGAAGUUAGUUCAAUCGGUCAGCUUUUAUUUCGAAAGCGACGAAUUUCCGUUUAGGCGGAAGUGUUUUGAAACGGAACUAGUCAAGAAUUCAGUGUAAUAGUACGUGUUUUAAGCGUUUUUACGCAUUUUGUUUAAAACUAAGGACAGUUUGUGAAUAAAGACAAGCUGUCUGUAUUCGCCUUAUACAAGAUUAUCACCAACCUUGUGAGGUUUUGUUUCUCGGUUCGGGAUUAGCUGCUUAAACUGGACUUCAUGGACUGGAUUGGCUUCGGCUAUGCUCUGUUUGUGUCAGCAGGAGGAGUCAUAGGUUAUGCUAAAGCAGGCAGCAUCACCUCUCUGGUCUCCGGUAUCGUUUUCGGCUUGGCGGCUGCAGUUGGAGUUUAUCUGACGUCUCAGAAUCCCAGGAAUGUUUGGCUUUCAUUGGGCACAGCGGGAACUUUGGCUGUAGUGAUGGGACUGAGAUUUGUAAACUCCUGGAAGUUCAUGCCGGCUGGUUUGAUGACUUUAGCGAGCGUGCUGAUGCUGACGAAGAUCAUCUUUGGAAUGCUGAAGUUGAGGCAACACAAAUCUUGAACUUGCCUUAUUUUCUUUAUGUGUACCAUUUCU